UCUUUUCUUCUCCUCCGCCUCUCCCUUUUCCUUCUCUUCACCUCGCCCACCUCAGCGCCACUCAAGGCGUCGCAAGAACACGCAGGAGCCCAGAGAAGUUGACACAAUGAAGUUCAGCCCAAGAGUGAGCUCGUCUCGGCGCAAGUCGCGGAAGGCGCACUUCACGGCGUCGUCCAGCGAGCGCCGCAUCAUCAUGAGCUCCAGCCUCUCCUCGGAGCUGCGCAACAAGUACAACGUGCGGUCGGUGCCGAUCCGCAAGGACGACGAGGUGCAGGUGGUGCGCGGCACGUACAAGGGGCGCGAGGGCAAGGUGGUGCAGGUGUACCGCCGCAAGUGGGUCAUCCACAUCGAGCGCAUCACGCGCGAGAAGGUCAACGGCGCGACGGUGAACGUGGGCGUGCACCCGUCCAAGGUGGUGAUCACGAAGCUGAAGCUCGACAAGGACCGCAAGGCGCUGCUGGACCGCAAGGCCAAGGGCCGCGCGGCCGACAAGGGCAAGGGCAAGUACACAGAGGACACCGCGCAGCCCAUGCAAGACGUCGAUUAAACCUAGAGCCGCCCCGCCGGUCCUGGGAAUGGGACUGGUUCAUGUCUCCAUCGCUCCGACCUCCACCCUCCGUGUAUGCUGCGGCCCUGUCUGUUCACCCAUUCAGUUAGGAGCAGGCUGGGGCUGUCUCAUGUUGAUCUGUUUGGCACCCUAUAUGUUGUGAAAGGAAGAAUUCAAGCAUCCAGGUGUUCUAAUCGCAUGGACAUGUGGUCUAGCGAAUACCAGUUCGUAGGUGUGUUGGGUUGAUUGGUAGUCAGCCACUAAAGCACAUGCUUGGUCAGAACUGCCAGGCGAAGCAGGGAGCUGAUACCUGUGGUUGAAAAGGUCAAGAAAAACUCUUAUCAUGGGUUUUGCCUGC